AGCUACGCCUAGUUCGCGGUCUUUUCUCCUCAGGUGUUGCUGAGGUGACAGUGCAUGCCCACCCUAGACGACACCCCUAAGACAUUUUCAGUACACAAUAAUAUGGUUGAAGCGCCAUUUUUGUCCAUUUCCCCAGCUCAGAGACCCUAAUGGGAUUUCUUAAGUCAGGUGAUGACUAGAGAUUUUUCAUUCCAAGAAGCUCAUGAACAAGAAUCACUAAAAGAGAGAAGGAGGAAGACGUGCACAUGUUAAAAGAUCAAGAAGAAAAUUCUCAUGUUUAACAUAUGAAAGACGAGGGCUGAAAAACUAUGGAAAGACAUAGGUGAGGUAUUCUGGACGCAAGAGAGAACAAAGCUAUAGCAGUGUAACAAAAAAACUCAAGAACAAGAAAUUUAAAACUGAUAUUCCACUCCAAAGAACACUGUUGACUAUCUGCAAAGGCAAUAGAGAACACAAGGCUGUAAAAUACCUUAUAAGCCUGGAGGACACCGUGGAGGGCAAGGAGGCUCAAGACGGAACGUUGCUUGAACCUAUAUCACAGGAACUGGAGGAGAACAGGACAAAGAGUGUAGAUACAGAAAUGGGAAGUGGAGCUAGUGCAGAAGACAAAGAGCUGGCAAAGAGAUCUAAAGAGCUAGAGAAAAAGCUUCAAGAGGAUGCAGCAAUGGAUGCGAAAACAGUAAAACUACUGCUACUUGGGGCCGGAGAGUCUGGAAAGAGCACUAUUGUGAAGCAAAUGAAGAUUAUACACCAAGAUGGAUACACAGAGCAAGAAUGCAUGGAAUUUAAGUCGAUUAUCUAUGGCAACGUGCUACAGUCAAUCCUUGCUAUAAUCCGUGCUAUGUCCACCCUUGGUAUAGACUAUGCGGACCCAAGCAAAGCGGAUGAUGGCCGCCUCCUUUGCCACCUUGCAGACUCCAUUGAGGAAGGCACAAUGCCACCGGAGCUUGUGGAUGUGAUCAAGAGGCUCUGGAAAGAUGAUGGGGUACAAGCCUCUUUUGAAAGGGCAGCAGAAUACCAACUUAAUGACUCUGCACCAUAUUACCUUAAUCAACUGGACAGGAUCACAGCACCUGAUUACCUCCCAAAUGAGCAAGACGUUCUCCGCUCCCGUGUAAAAACAACAGGGAUCAUAGAGACCCAGUUCUCAUUUAAAGAUCUACACUUCAGAAUGUUUGAUGUGGGUGGACAGAGGUCAGAGCGCAAGAAAUGGAUCCACUGUUUUGAAGGGGUCACUUGCAUCAUAUUCUGUGGUGCAUUAAGUGCAUACGACAUGGUCCUGGUGGAAGAUGAAGAAGUGAACCGGAUGCAUGAAUCCCUUCAUCUCUUUAACAGCAUUUGUAACCAUAAGUUCUUUGCUGCAACAUCCUUGAUACUUUUCCUGAACAAGAAGGAUCUUUUUGAACAGAAAAUCAAGAAAGUUCAUCUAAGCAUCUGUUUCCCAGACUAUGACGGUCCAAACACAUAUGAAGAUGCGGGGAAUUACAUCAAAAACCAGUUUCUUGAUUUAAACAUGCGGAAAGAUGCCAAGGAGAUCUACGGUCACAUGACCUGUGCCACAGACACAAAAAAUGUUAAGUUUGUAUUUGAUGCCGUGACGGAUAUCAUUAUCAAAGAAACACUAAAGGACUGUGGCCUCUUCUGAUUUUCACAUUAGUUUUUGCUGAGAAAGGAUCCUUAAAUUCUUUUUAAACAGGACUGUAAGCUGUAACAAGAGCCCAAAACUUGCAUUUUGUGUAAGCAUUGACAGCCCUUCCAUAUUAAAAUAAUACAGGGAACAUGUAGGUGGUGUUAAAUUUACCACCGCUACCAUAUAUACUUACGGGUAGCACUAUUUCAAUUGCCAGUCAUAGGCAGCUAUUUAUGAGGACUCUGCUAUGCCCACAUAAAACCCCUCAUCUAGCUGCACGCAAUGCAUUAUAUAGCUCAUUAUACUGUCUGGGUUAGGUUUACAGAUAUUAUAUCUGGCAUGACAAAAGGUUAGCACCAAAAAUAAUUAUCUGGAACUUUAUAGCACUUAGCUGUUGCUAUGCCAGCCUUUCACCUCAUUCACACUUCUGUAAUAAAAUACGGAUCAAAUACAGAUGCCUAAUCUUGAUCUUUUUUUCUCGCAUUUGUUCCAAAUGGGAUCUGUUUUUUGCUAGUUUUUUUUUUCCCUUAAAGAAUUAACAAUCUUUGGGUGUUUUGCUGAUAUUACUAUUGCUAAUUCUGACACUAAAAUUUAAAAAAGAAAACAAGUAUAAAUGUGAACUAUCCAAAAAUUAAAAAUGUAUUUUUAAAUUCAACCCAUGACAUUUAUCAGCAGGUAGUUUUUUUUUUCCCCCAAGUAAGAUGGACGUAAAAAGGGAUCCAAUAUAUGGAAGUGUGAAUAAACUCUUCCUUUCCUGUUUUUGUCUCUGUGCAUUAGAGACGCACAACCUAAAAGAUUCUGUAGACUAGAUACUGAUGUGGUGAAUAACAUUCCAGCAAUUAGAUGCAGAAGGACAAAUUUCAAAGAGAAAAAGUCAAGACAAAGAUAAGCCAUGAACUCACCAUGCAUUAUGAGGAACACACGGCAGAAGAAUAUGUGAAUAAAAACACAAUACAAUGUCCAUGUCUCACCAUUUUAAUACUGUAUACAAAUAAAAAGUGUGCAGAGUGCAGAGAAACUAAGUGUCUGUGUCUAAUGCAAAAUAGAAACAUCUGUAAAAAAUUAGGUGGGUAAAAGCCAACAGUAAUUGGUCUGUUAUAAGUAUACAUGAAAAAUGUUAGCGGCAAGAAACGUUUGGAUCUAGGACCUUGGUAUUUGGCACCAGGCAUAUAAAGGCAUGCAUCUGAACAGAGGGGGCUGGAAACCAUUGGUUCCAAAGAGAUGUAGAGUAGGCAGAUAGAUGGCUGUAGGCUGUGACAGCAAAGGCACCAAUACAUAUGAGUUUAGAAAAAAACCACAAGGACACUUGAGUAAAUCAGACUUUGGGAGAAAGUGCUUAGUGGCUAAUGGAGUAGCUUAAAGGGGUUUUCCCAUCUCGUAAAUUUGAUUACACAACCGCCCUGUGGCCUGUUUGUGGGAAGCAAAAAGAAGCCUAGGCAGGGAAGUAUUGCAAUUUCCAUAAAUCCUAUUGACUUUAAUAACUCCAGGCAAUACUGCUACCUCCGUGCUUCACAUGAAACCAAUGCCGUCUUGUCUCUGUUGGCUUACAAUAUGACAUUAGUCACAUGGUUUCUAAUGGGUCCUGGCUAUGUUGCAGUGGGUGGAAGGGAUUUACUUCCGUUUAAUACAGUAAAUCCCUUCCCUCCUGCUAUCUGCCCACCCACUACAGCAUAGCCAUGAUCCCCUGGAGACCAUGUGAUUUAUGACAUAUUGUUCAUGGUUGCAUAGAAUGCUAGGAAAGGUCAAAUGUAGCAAAAAGAAGAAAAAAAAACAACAGUAAAGAAAAACAAACAAAAAAAAACUUGCAACUGCACCUCUAGGUGUGGGUUGUAUAUGUGAAAAUGGGACAAAGCCACACACAGAUAUUAUAGAGGCAUAUGACACAGUAAUAUAACCUGCCAUCGCGGGCUCAAAUCCUGGAAUACCAUUUACAGGGAUACUCCGGUGGAAACAGUUUUUCUUUUUUUUAAUAGCUGGUGCCAGAAAGUUAAACAGACUUGUAAAUGACUUCUAUUAAAAAGUCUGAAUCCUUCCAAUA